AAAAUUAUCAACUUCAUAGAGAACAAAUUGAAGUUGAAAUUAAAGCACAACUUUGGAAUUCUAAUAUUGAACGAAUUCAAAAAUUUGUUUUUGAAUAUUUAGAAGAUCAAAAAAUUUUUAAAAAUAGUUUUAAUGUCAAACUACUCCAAUUCGAUAG